AUGUCUGAUUCGCCCGCUCAGUUCACUGCGUCACCCUACGCAAACAACUUUUUCAAGGUUCUGUUAAAGGGAAAGUCGAUCACCUGGAUCCACAGAGGAGUCGUCCCAGACCAUGUUCCGUCCAACAAGAGUACGCAAGACCCUGCAUACAGCUCGGCCACGCCGACCGUGGAUUUGCAGGAAAUUGGAUAUGAUACAGCCCACGUGAUCAUCAAUUUCUUUUACACCAAGCAGUACAAGUACAUCAAGCCCUCGGGCAUAUAUGGCGAUACGGAGAAGGGCUAUGAGCUCAAGGUAUCGCUGCAGGUCAUUGAAGCCGCUAGGAAGAUGAAACUGCCUGAUUUGGUAGACCUGGCCAAGAAGCAGUGCGCGCGUGUCUGCCAUGAAAUGAAUCUCUUGAAUCUUAUUUCCAUUUUGGGAAAGAUGAAUAUCGACUAUAACAACGUCCCCGAACUUACACAACACAUCUCAUUACAGCUUGAAAAAGUGCUUGCGUUCCCUCACAGUCCAUUGGCAUCUACUAUGCUGAGCCGGGCUACUUCAAACAGCAUCACAGACAUACUUUUGCGAAAGUUGCUCAUGAUUGCCCGAGCUGAGCCAACAAGUGAACCCAAAGCGAAGCCUACACCUGGAAAUGAAGCCCGAGGUAUGCCUAACUUCCUUUCGAGACAAAAGCAGCACACUUCUUGGGGUUUUGCCACAAGAGAGCCUGAACCGGCGAAACUUCCGUUCCACCUUCGAACUCAACAGCCUCAGAAAUUUCCUGAGAACCCGCAGCCCGAUUAUAAAGGAAAGGCACGAGACGUGUCCAAACCGGAAGAACAUGCGUCCAAGGCCUCCGCAACAUCUGUUUUUGACAAUAAGUCUGGUGGUGCAAAGGGACAAGAGGAAGCUCGAUCUGGGCCUUCAAAGGUGAGAGGCUGGUGUUGUCCAUUUUCGCCUCCUUGCGGCGGGUGUGCUGAUGCUGAAAAGGCAUCCCCCGCUAUCCCUGAACUUGGGAAGUCCAUCAGAACCAUGAAAAGCUUUAUUGCGCCUGAGAAAUCGUCUGCUGCUGACUGGGAGGUACCCAAGUCCGAGACCGAGCAAUCCCAAAAGACAGAGACUACUAGUCUCGUGGAUUCCGAUGAUUAUGGAGUGCUUGUCGACUCGGAGACUCUACCUACUGUAACACCAAACCCAGAGGAUCCGCGUCAUGCAGAAAGGAUGAAUCUCCUCUAUGCGUACGACAGUUGGUAG